AUGCACAUCGGCUCCGGUUCUGAACGCAACGCUUCCCUUCCAGUUCCGGCUCCGUUUGAAGCUGUCCAGCUCCGGCCUGCUAGUAAUCCAUCGGUGGCUUCUUUUCCACAAAAUCUUAAAAAAGAACAUGUAUGGACUGAUGAUCGAAAAUGUGGUACAAAUAUGAUAUCAGAAGACAUGAACUCCAGAAGAAUAACAUAUUAG